AUGUUCAAUUUCAGAAACGAAAGAAAACCGUUGAUACAAAUUCAUGAAGUUGUCAGUUUAAGAAAAGGAUUAAAAAGGAACGCACUGCAGCAAACGCAGCCUCUCCUAUCGGAAGAGGAUUUGGAUUAUUCGUGGCCCGCGAAAGAAGAAGGAGAAGGAGAAGGAGGUGGUGGAGUAGGUGGGGAAAGUAAAAUCGAUUUCAAUUUAAAGGAGGUCGAUAUGAAAACAAUGGAAGUUGCUGUUAAAAUCGAAGGCAUGACUUGCAUGUCGUGCGUUCGUAACAUCGAAGGAACGAUGUCUUCCAAACCCGGAGUUCUUAAAGCGAACGUGAAUUUGGAAAAGCGUAAGGGUGUUUUUUUAAUAGAUAAAGGACUUCUCUCGUCGUCUGAUUUGGUCAACCUCAUACAGGAAAUGGGUUUCGAUGCGAGUUUUUACGACGAGAUAAACACCAACAACGUUUUGAUACACAUAGAAGGAAUGACGUGUAAUUCUUGCGUUAAAAACAUCGAAACGACCAUUGGAAAAGUCAAAGGAAUCAAUUCCGUUAAUGUCAGCCUUGCGAAUAAAUUGGGUACUUUUUCAUACGAUCCGACACUCGUGACUCCAGUUCAAAUUCGUUCUGCCAUCGAAGACAUGGGUUUCGACACUAAUUUUCAAAAUUCUCCGCCCCCAACAGGAGGUCUUUUCCCGAUUGAAACCGAUCCGAUGGUUGAAAGUAUGAUGGAAACCCCAAAGAAAACGGUGAGCAUGUCAAUAGACAUGGAAGUAGAGUAUUCGAAAUGUUUUCUUCACAUAAAGGGAAUGUCUUGUGCAUCGUGCGUGGCAGCCAUUGAAAAACAUUGUAAAAAAAUUCAAGGUGUCGAAAGCGUUUUAAUAGCUUUGUUGGCAGCAAAAGCGGAAGUUAAAUACAAUGCGCAACUCAUAAGUCCCACGGAUAUAGCAAAUUCCAUAACUGAUUUGGGUUUUCCAACGGAAAUUAUUAACGAACCUGGUACGGGAGAAGGAGAAAUCGAACUCCAGAUCACGGGCAUGACUUGCGCAUCUUGCGUCAACAAAAUCGAAUCAACUGUUAAAAAAAUAAAUGGCGUUUUUAGCGCAUCCGUCGCUCUCACAACUCAAAAGGGUAAAUUCAAAUACGAUUUAGAAAAAACGGGACCACGUGAUAUAAUAGAAACAAUAAAUAAAUUAGGAUUUAAAGCUGAUAUACUUAGCAGUAAAGAUAAAGAAUCAAGGGCGUAUUUGGAUCACAGAAAAGACAUUGCCAAAUGGAGAAAUGCAUUUUUUGUUUCUUUGGCAUUCGGUGCUCCUUGCAUGAUAAUAAUGGCUUAUUUCAUGUUGGGAAUGAAAUUGGGAUACAUUGAUCACAAAGACAUGUGUUGCAUCAUACCCGGUUUAUCAUUGGAAAAUUUAUUAAUGUUUUUAUUUUCUACACCCGUACAGUUUUUCGGUGGUUACCACUUUUUCAUACAGGCUUACCGUGCCGUCAAACACAGAACAACAAACAUGGACGUUUUGAUAACCAUGACAACAUUUAUAUCGUACAUUUAUUCUUGCAUAAUACUAAUAGUGGCCAUUUUGCUUCAACAAGCCAGAAGUCCUCUUACUUUUUUCGACACUCCUCCCAUGUUAUUAAUGUUUAUUAGUAUGGGACGUUGGUUGGAACACAUAGCCAAGGGCAAAACAUCCGAAGCUUUAUCGAAGCUUUUAUCGUUAAAAGCAACCGAAGCGCUUUUGGUUAAACUUGGGGAUAAUUUUGAAGUGAUGUCCGAACAACAAAUAUCGGUGGAUUUGGUUCAUCGCGGUGAUACUUUGAAAAUUCUACCCGGUGCCAAAGUUCCAGUCGAUGGAAGAGUUAUUUUCGGUCAUUCGGCGUGCGACGAAAGUUUAAUAACCGGUGAAAGCAUGCCCGUUGUCAAAAAAACAGGUGCGGACGUCAUUGGCGGUUCCAUCAAUCAAAAUGGUCUUUUGUUAAUAACGGCAACUCACACCGGGGAAAGCACGACGCUUUCUCAGAUAGUUAAACUGAUUGAAGAAGCGCAAACUUCAAAAGCUCCCAUACAACAGCUUGCGGAUAAAAUAGCCGGAUAUUUUGUACCCUUCGUCAUUUGCGUUUCUUCAAUCACUCUCGUCGGAUGGAUAAUAGUCGGUUACAUAGACAUCGAUUACCUUCCCAUAACGCCCGCAGAUAAAGAAGGUUACACAAGAGAAGAAAUAAUUCUUCAAUUUGCUUUCCCUUGCGCUUUAAGCGUUUUAGCAAUUGCUUGUCCUUGCGCGUUAGGUUUGGCAACUCCGACAGCAGUCAUGGUUGGAACCGGUGUCGGCGCCUUGAAUGGAAUAUUAAUAAAAGGAGCGGAGCCUUUAGAAAACGCUCACAAGGUGAAAGCCGUAAUAUUUGAUAAAACGGGAACGAUAACGAAAGGAGCUCCCUCAGUGUCGAGUAUUUGCAUGUUUGUCAAAGAAAAUGUUUUUAGUUUGAUUUCUUUGCUUUGCGUUGUCGGUACGGCAGAGAGUAACAGCGAACAUCCAAUCGGUUCUGCCAUCGUCAAGUUCGUGAAAAAAGUUUUGGGAAAUGAUUCCCUGGGUAGGAUAACAUCUUUUCAAUCUGUACCCGGAUGCGGUUUAAAAUGCACGGUGACACAAGUUAAAGAUUUAAUAGAAGCCGGAAAAAAAUCGGAAUUGAUAUUAAAUUAUCAAAAUCAAAGACGAACAAAAUCCAUCGGGACGAUAACAAUAGACUCCGUUAAUUUUAACAUUGAUUUAUCUGCCGAAAAUCAACAGAUAGUUAAUCUUCAACAGUUAUUUUUAAUAAACGAAAGUGAUUUAAUAGAAGAAGGAAAUAAAGAAUAUCAGGUGAUAAUUGGAAAUCGGGAAUGGAUGAAAAGAAAUGCGAUCGACAUUCCAUCCGAAUGUAAUAACAGAAUGAUUGAAGAAGAAGAAGGUGGAAGAACGGCUGUGCUAUGUGCGGUUAAUGGAACUCUUGUGGCUUUGAUUAGUGUGUCGGAUAUGGUGAAAUCCGAAGCCAGAUUAGCCGUAUUCACAUUGAAAAAAAUGGGUCUCGAUGUUAUUUUAUUAACGGGUGAUAAUAAAAAAACGGCCGUGUCAAUCGCCAAACAGGUGGGAAUCACGCGAGUGUUUGCAGAAGUCCUUCCGUCUCACAAAGUGUCCAAAAUUAAAAGACUGCAAGAACAAGGAUACAGAGUGGCAAUGGUCGGGGAUGGGGUGAAUGAUAGUCCCGCAUUGGCUCAAUCCGACGUCGGGAUCGCCAUUGCAAGUGGGACUGACGUUGCCGUGGAAGCUGCCGAUGUUGUUUUAAUGAAAAAUGACCUUUUGGAUGUGGUCGCUUGCUUAGAUUUAUCCCGGCGAACGGUUCGUCGAAUUCGAUUAAAUUUUUUGUUUGCUUCACUAUAUAAUUUAAUAGGAAUCCCAAUCGCUGCUGGCGUUUUUUCUCCGUUCGGUUUCAUGAUGCAACCGUGGAUAGCGUCGGCAGCGAUGGCUCUUAGCAGCGUAUCAGUAGUUUGUUCUUCCCUAAUGUUAAAAUUGUACAAAAAACCGACGAGACAAGAAUUGACAACGUUAGAAUUUUUAUCGUCGACGGCGACGGACGAAAGGAUUUCGAUACAUCAAGGAUUGGACGACGUAGAAAAACCGCUUUUCUCACGUUCCACGAGCAGUACAAUAUCUAGGUAUAGCCUAUUAUCGAAAAAAGCACUUUGGCGCGGUCGAAUAAUUUAUAAACCUCUUCGUAAGGGCAAUCAAUAUCUCUUGUUAUGCUCACCUGUUACCUGA